UCCAGCAGAGCAUUCAGUUGUACACCAUCCACAUCUUCGGCACCUCGAGUCGAAGCAACAAGACCUGCCUCACAAGAAAAGACAGUCGUACCAAAAGAUAUCUAUCAAUUGACCAAAGAAUACCCUCGUCAUCCACUACUAGGGUUCUUCGGAAGAGAAAGUAGAAAGGUAAAGCUACCUGGAACAGAAGGUCAAACAAGAGAGGAAAGAGUACCCGUCGCUUUGGCAGUGUCCGAUCUAGGACCAGAUCGCAGUGGAAGAUCUUGGAUGGCAGCAGAAUUACGAACAAAGAGUAGUCUAGAGUUACAUCAAUUAUGGUACGUAUGCUUGCUAGAAAGAAACAAACUUGCAACCACAAAAACAGAAAUUCAAAGAGCGGGAGCAACAGCAUUUGCUGCUUUAGCAAAUUACAACGGUAAACGUAUUGAAGCAAGAGUUCGCAAGACAAUGGCAAGAAUCAAGUUUGUUUUGAACGAGAGAAGGAUAGCACUUCUUGAUGCUCAA